AUGCAGUCUGGAGAACGCAGCCUCCUGGAGCAGUUUGCUCACAAGGAGUGGGCCAAAAUACCUGUCCACAGGUACAGAAGUCUCAUGGAGAGGGAGGUUAGGGAAGACUCUGUGGAUGUGCUGGGAGAAUCACCUGAUACUCCCUCUGUCCUCCAGGUCGAUGAGCCCAAAGUGCUGAUUUUUACUGGUGACCCUCACAGUGACACUUCAGCUGUCAGUCUGGUCGCUCAGCUGUACGAUGAGCCGCUGGCCACCGCAUCUGAUGAUGACCCUACAGCUUUCGUUCUGGUCAACAAAGCGUCUCAGCCUCUGGAAGAAGCAGAAAAGACUUUGUCCCUGAAUGAGUGUAAUUCAGAGGAGAGCAGAGAGGAUGAGGAGCUACAGCCUGAGAGAAAGAGCCUGGAGGACUUCAACUUCCUCAGUGUGCUUGGAAAGGGUACAUACGGGAAGGUGAUUUUGUCCGAGCUCAAAGGCACUGAUGAGGUGUAUGCGCUGAAGUUUAUGAAGAAGGACAUGAUCUGGGAAUAUGAAAACAUCAGCUGCACCUUUAUGGAGAGGUGGAUCUUGGCUCUGGCCAGUGAACACCCCUACCUGACCCACCUCUACUGUAGCUUCCAGACCAGCGACUCACUGUGCUUCGCAAUGGAAUUUGUGAAUGGCGGGGAUCUUGCAUUUCAUAUUUCCUGUUCAUGUGGAUUUGAUGAACCCCGCACCAGAUUUUAUGCUGCUAAAAUCGCCUGUGCCCUCAUGUUCCUCCACCGCAACAGGAUUAUUCACAGAGAUCUCAAACCUGGAAACAUCCUCCUAGAUGCCGAUGGCCACUGCAAGCUUGCUGACUUUGGCUUGUGCGCAGAGGGAAUACUUGACAGCAAGACUGCCAACACUUUUUGUGGCACACCCAACUACAUGGCACCAGAGGUGUUACAGUAUUGGGAAUACGACACGUCGGUGGAUUGGUGGGCCCUAGGUGUGAUCAUGUAUGAGAUGAUGACAGGCUACGCUCCGUUUCAUGAUCACAACGAGGAGAAGAUGUUUGAGUCCAUCAUCAGUGCUGAACCGGAAUAUCCAUCAAACCUCAGCAGGAAUGCGGUCAGCAUCCUCAAAGCGUUCCUGAGGAAGAAGCCCAUGGAUCGUCUCGGCUGUGUGGUGUCCGAGGGCAAGGAGAAUGCCAUCAAAGCUCACCCUUUCUUCAGUAAUAUCAACUGGUCAUGGCUGGAACAGAGGAAGAUCACUCCUCCGUUUCAACCACAGAUAACAUCAAAGAGGGACGUCAAUAAUUUUGAUGGCAGAUUCACCCGUGAGGAGCCCAAGCUUUCUCAUGGGAAUCUCUCCUUCUUCAUCCAGUCCAUCCAAGAGGAGUCUGAUGGUUUCUCAUUUAUUAACACUAAAUAUUAA